AUGGCGGCUAAUCGCAACAGAGGCGGCGUUGAGAGAGUUCUAAAGAAACUGAAAGCAAGUGUCGAAGCAGGAAGUUAUUAUGAAGCUCAUCAAAUGUACAGAACGCUAUAUUUCAGAUACAUGGCACAAAAAAAACAUGCUGAAGCAAUAGAACUGAUUUAUUCAGGUGCAAAUGUGUUGUUAACACAUAACCAGCAUGGCAGUGGUACUGAUUUAUGUAUGUUAUUGAUAGAAGUCCUCAAUACUAGUAAUACAGCACCUGCUGCAGAUAACUUAGAUAAAGUUUCCAGUCUGUUCACACAACUAGGUCCGGACUCAACAGAAAGACCACUUUAUAAAAAUGCAGCAUUGAAGUGGUCUUGUAAAAAUGACCCUUCGCAUAAAUCAGGUCAUCCCGAGCUUCAUACACUGUUAGCGUUAAUUCUCUGGAAAGAGAAAUCAUACUACGAAGCCAGAUAUCAUUUUCUCCAUUCAUUCGAUGGUCAAUCCUGUGCAACCAUGUUAAUUGAAUACUCUUUAAGACAAGGUUUACGCAGUGAAUAUGAUAUGUUUGUUGCACAGAUAGUAUUACAGUAUCUAUGUUUGAAAAAUGAGGAGACAGCUUCAGUUGUAUUUUAUACAUACACAGAAAAACAUCCUGAUAUACAAGAGAGUCCGCCAUUCAUGCAACCAUUGUUGAACUUCAUUUGGUUUUUACUUUUAGCACUUCCAGGUGGAAAAACAACUAUAUUUUCAGUAUUAUGUGACAAAUACGAACCAGCAAUCAAAAGAGAUCCAAGUUAUGUUGAUUAUCUGAGUCGCAUUGGGCAUUUGUUUUUUGGAAUGCCCCCAUUGGCCGAAGAGUCUAUGCAGCCAGGAGGUGUAUUUGGUAAUAUUCUCCAAAGUCUAUUUACAGAAGAUGAAGACGUGGAAGUGAAUCAACCACUUGAUUUGGAUUAAAAUACUUUAACAUUGCAAUUUUAAUAUCAAUCUCAUCUCAGAAUCUACCACUUGAAUUGGAUUAUUAAAAGUACUUUCACAUUGCAAUGUCGAUAGCACUAUCAUCUCGAAAUCUACCACUUGAAUUGGAUUAUUAAAAGUACUUUCACAUUGCAAUGUCGAUAGCACUAUCAUCUCGGAAUCUACCACUUGAAUUGGAUUAAAGUACUUUCACAUUGCAAUGUUGAUAGCACUAUCAUCUCGGAAUCUACCACUUGAAUUGGAUUAAAGUACUUUCACAUUGCAAUGUCGAUAGCACUAUCAUCUCGGAAUCUACCACUUGAAUUGGAUUAAAGUACUUUCACAUUGCAAUGUCGAUAGCACUCUCAUCUCGGAAUCUACCACUUGAAUUGGAUUAAAGUACUUUCACAUUGCAAUGUCGAUAGCACUCUCAUCUCGGAAUCUACCACUUGAAUUGGAUUAAAGUACUUUCACAUUGCAAUGUCGAUAGCACUCUCAUCUCGGAAUCUACCACUUGAAUUGGAUUAAAGUAUUUUCACAUUGCAAUGUCGAUAGCACUCUCAUCUUGGAAUCUACCACUUGAAUUGGAUUAAAGUAUUUUCACAUUGCAAUGUCAAUAGCACUCUCAUCUCGGAAUUUUGUUACCAUAUAGAAUUCAUAAUUUAUUAUUAUUUUGCAUAUUCAUAAUCAGAGUUGGUUCAACUAUAUUACUGACCUAAGAAUGCAGAUUGAUGACCUCGGUGUAUUUGGGUGACAAGGUUAGAAUCAACCAUAAUCCCCUACAUGGGCCUUAUUGUGACUGGAUGACAACCAAGUUAUCACUCCUUGGUAAUUUGUUAGCUUUUGCAGUUUAGUGUGAUUUUAGUUUGUUUUUUAGCUUUGCAGACUUGCCAUACAUAUAUAUGUAUAUCAGAUUAAAUUAAUGAUAUGGUUGAUGACAUUGUAUAAUUAAACAUUUUUCA